GGAAAUGUCAACCAAAUGACAGCUGAAAAAAGCCAAAAUGUUUGACAAACUUCCAGAUUUCCCCCUGUCCAGACGUCAGGCUGACUCUACAACUGAAGAUUUUAUUGGCGAAGUAUGAUGAGGGGAUGAGUUUCCUGGUCAAGGCUGUCAUCCACCCGUCCUGUCCUCUUGCACCCAAGGCUACACAAUGGCCAGGAAUGUGAUGGAUCUACAUGUAAUGGAGGUGGACUUUGGCUACAGUCUCUACCAGCCACCUCGGUGUCUCCAGUGUAGUUGCUGGGUUAAGUACAGCCUCUUUUUCAUCAACUUCUUUUCAUGGGUAGGAGGCAGUUUCAUGUUUGCUGUGGGAGUCUGGGCCAGGCUUAACAGUACCAGUGUGGGAGCUCUGAAUGAUAUAGCGAUUGACCCCUCCCUUAUGGUGAUAGCCGUAGGCUGUAUUGUGUUCAUCAUCAGUGGUAUUGCUUGUAUUGGAGCUGUCAGGGAAAAUGUCUGUCUCCUCUUAAUGUUUUGCAUCGCCCUUGGAAUUGUGUUUGUACUGGAGGUUGUGGCCGGCAUUUUAGCCUUUGCUCUUCUGGGCCACGUUGAGGGUCACAUGACCGCCCAGAUCACAUCCGCCAUCGUGCAGUAUGAGGAUUGCAACACAAUGAAAACUGUUAUGGACUCAUUACAGGAAUGGUACAAGUGCUGUGGGGCAGGCAGUUUCCGUGACUGGCAGCACAAUGUCUAUUACAACUGCUCCUCCCCGGCCAACACCCGCUGCGGAGUCCCAGCGUCCUGUUGUCAGCAUGCCACGGACCUCAAGUGUGGAUUUGAAGUCCAGCGGUAUUUGGACUCCUAUGCAUCAACCGUGGUGUUCACAAACGGGUGUGUUCAAGAGCUUUUGAAUGUUUUCAAAAAUAAUUUACUUAUCAUUGGCUUUAUUGCGUUUGGAUUUGGAUUCAUGGAACUGUUUUGCAUGAUGCUGGCGUAUAACUUGAUCCGUUCAGUCACCUCCGUCCCACGAAGGCCGGUCUACCAUUAUGACGACAGUAAUGAUGACACAGAUGAUUGACCACCCUAUCGCCGUGGCUACAGUGGCACAGCUGAUUGACUUUCUACAGGUCAUGACCUCAUCACUAUGGUAACAGCAGGAAUGUCAUCUCAUCUGUACGUGUUCCAUCAUCAUAUUUUAUAAAUGACUUCGGAUUAAUAUUUCAGCUGUCACUUGAUACUGAUUUACCACUGCCAGUAUUUAGCAUAAAAAACAUUUAAAAAUAACUUUGUUUGUGAAAAUUGUAAGAAGUAAAGUAAAAAAAAAUGAACAGUUGUUGAAUAUUGAAUUAAAAACCCAAAAUAGAAGAAAAAGUCAUUGAACAUAUUUUGGAAAGUUUUGGGAAAUUUGAUUAAUGUAUUUUUUUCCAACUCAACAUCUGGAUUGUAAGAUGUUUUGUUAGAGUGAUCAGGUGGUAGGGUUUUAGGUAGUGAUAUUUAAUCAAUAACGUUAUAUGGUUUAUACUGGUUGAACUUUAUUUUGCAGCUUCCAGUUUGUUGUGAAAUAUUGAAGUCUAAAAAAAUAUGUUUUAUUGUGUGCAAUAUUUGUGCAUUUUUGUGAUUUCCUUUUACACAAAUUUCAUAUUUUUAUGCCUUUUUAUUAAACCAUUUGAAAUGAUUUGUCUUACAUUGGUGAAAAUACUGCAUUUAUACAAUUUUUUUGCAUAUAAUAUGCUGUUGAACAUGCCGGAGGAAAUUGUGUCUGUCAACACAUGGGACAGUUUUGUUGUGAAAAAGGUAGCGAUACAGGAAGAUAGCUCUGCACAUACAUGUAUAUAUGUGUAGAUCUAACAACUGGCAAGAGUGUGGAGUAAGGGAUAAGAGCCUAAAUCAGUGGAUUGCAUUCUCACCGCAAUGGUAGUUUUACAGGAACACUAAUUCACAGUGUGGCUGCAGGAUCUUCAUGUAGUGUGGUUUGUAAUAUGUGUAGAUCUAAAAGGGUGGAUGGGGAGAUGGUGGGGGGAGGGUAAAUUGAGGAAGCUGGAAUA